AUGGUCGAGAUCAACACCAUCAAGAACAAGCUCAAGAGAGAGGAGCUCUACCAGAAGCAAAAGAACGCCAAGGCAAAGGCAAAGCGUGACAGACGUACCACCCUCCAAAAGGAAGAGUCCUCCAACCCCGAGAAGAAGGAGAAACGUCUGGCUGAGAAUGUGCCCAACACACUGGAAAACACCAGGGAAUUUGACGAGACCAUCGUGGAGGAGGAUGCAGAGGUCGCAGCGGACGAGGCAACAGACGAAUUCUCACAGUACUUCCAAAACGGACUCACACCAAAGAUCCUCAUCACCACCAGCAAAGGACCCAGUGCCUCUGUGUAUGAAUUCGCUACAGAGCUCGUGGAUAUCUUCCCCAACACCCACUUUGUAAAACGCAAGGCUCAGUUCGAAAUGAAGCACAUUAUUGAGUUCUCCAAGAACCGCGACUUCACCGACAUCAUGGUCAUCAACGAGGACAGGAAAGAGCCCAACGGUUUGACGCUGAUCCACCUGCCUGACGGCCCCACAGCACAUUUCAAGCUGAGCUCGAUCCAACUCAGUAAGGACAUCGAAGGUCACGGCCGCACAUCCUCCCACAAACCAGAGCUGAUCCUCAAUAACUUCAACACUCGCCUCGGUCACACCAUCGGAAGAAUGUUCACCACCCUCUUCCCCCACGUCCCUGAGUUCCAGGGUCGUCAAGUUGCGACUCUUCACAACCAGCGUGAUUUUAUCUUCUUUAGGAGACAUCGUUAUGUGUUUAAGAACGCAAAGAGGGUCAAUUUGCAGGAGUUGGGACCUAGGUUUACUUUGAAGUUGAAGUGGUUGCAGAAAGGAACUUUUGAUAGGAAGGGAGAGCAUGAGUGGAUGUUUAAGCCUGAGAUGGAGACCAGUCGUCGUCGUUUCUUCCUUUAA